GGAGCGAGGAGAUAAAAGAGUGACCGAGACCUAGAGCGAGUCCACAGUGUCCUUGACCGCCGCUCGGGCAACAUCCUCCAACCUGCACACGAUGGCACGACGACGACUACAGUCCGCGACGUUGCUGCUGGUGGUGAUGUUGAGUGUGGCCGGGGCCUUGCCCCAAGGCCGCGCCCUGGACAACGAGGUCUCCCAUCAUACACUCGCCUCCGCCCCAGCCCCAGCCCCAGCCAACGAGGAGACUCUCAUGACCAAGCUGAACGCCAAGUGUAGUCAGAGGGACACUUCCUCUUGUCUCAUGCUCAAGCUGGUCACAUACAUGAACCGUCUUCUCAAGAAGUCGUCCAUCGUCGUCGGCGACUCCUUGGUCAUCACGCAGACCUCCGCCGUGGUGGAGGAGGAGUCACCCAUCUCCAGGAACCUCCAGGACGACGGUUCCGACGAGAGCCAGCUGGGACUACUCAUCGCCAACAAACUCUGGAACUUUGUUCGGUCUAGGUCCAUCAAGUGGUCAGUGCUGCCAGAGGCGGACCUAGUGUUGUCAGCUACUCCGGAGGACGAUGGAACACUCAAGCUGGGCAUGAACAUACGAGCCGGCAAAGCUUUGGAGACAGGAAGAGGGAAAAUGAAGAAUAUGGGACCAGUGAUCGCAGCUGGUAUCAUGAAGAUUGGAAUGGUAGGAGUGCUGGCAUUCAAGGCGUUGGCUUUACUUGUGGGGAAGGCUCUCCUAGUAUCCAAACUGGCUUUCCUGCUGGCAGCAGUGAUAGGGCUGAAGAAGUUGCUCUCCCAGGAGAGACAUGUCACCUACGAGGUGGUUGCACAUCCUCACCACUCUCACAGCGAGGUGCACAGCUCAGGAGGACACCAUGAUCUGAGCUCUGGAUGGGGACGUAGUCUGGACAACAGCGACGCCCAUACACUCGCUUACAGCGCACAUGUACCAGACACUGCGGUAGUCCACUGAUUGUCAACACAUACCAAAUGUUGAGGAUCAUGCCAUGAGACAACGGACUGUUUCCAUCCACAGCUGAUUGCCCACUCCAUAUUUAUUGUUAUUUAUGAUUUAAGAAACCAUCUCAUCUUGGGCUGUAAAUAGCUUUUUUAGUCAAAUAGUUUAUUUCCUAGAAUGAAGUGAUAUUUCUUGUAUUGUAUAUUGUACUUGGUAUUUUGACUGAUUUUCUUUUACUUUAUCAUAAAAUAUUGUAUACAGUUGCUCAAGGACUUUGUCAAAGUUACACGAUCUCUCUUUCCUUCUCUCUACACAUUGUACCAAAGACCAGAUCAAUAAAGGCGAAGAAGAAUAAUUAAUUGUCAUGUGCUACAUAUCCAAAAGUCAAUGCUAUCGUGUAGUUAUUGGUUUAAAUAUUUUAAAAUUUUCUGUAAUGAACUUCUAUCAAGUACUCUCUCAGGGCUUUAUGUGAAAUAUUGUAAAUAAUACUAGGAUAGUUUUCCUUCCUUUGUAUUUGUUCAUACAUCUGAUUUGUAAAUAUUGAAAUAAAAGUAUUUAUUUUAA